AGGUAAAGUAUUCGACCGCAGUGCACCGCGACGAUCGAGCGCGAAACGUAUUUCGACGACAGCCUUGGCUGAUCGAAAAUUACUAUAUAUCUAUAACACUCUCAUCGAGUAAUAAAAGUAUUUAAUUUAAUUAAAUAAUUGCUUAACUGUAACUCCGCUGACUUCCAGAGCAGAACUCUAACGUCCAUAAAAAGGCAGUGACGCAACACCGAACUGGGAUAGGAGUAGCGCGUACCGCGUCAACGUUGACAAAAAGGUCCUUCGCGUGUGAUAGUCUCAUGGGCAUUCGUCAGAACCCGUGGACACCUACAAAGCGACGUGGGCCCAUCGCCGCCGAGUCUGCUAGUCCUGGUCCAGCUGUUGUCUCUUUGCCUUCACUCAUCGGCAAACCACCACCAGAAUCACAGAAAUCUCGUGCACCAGCGUUCACAUUUGGGCAUAAGUUGGACCCUGCAGGAAAAGAUAAGACUGGGCCGGGACCUGCAACUUAUAAUACAGAAGGAAUGACGUCAAAAGCACCGAACGUUUAUUCUAUGCCACCGGUUCUCGGCGAAGCGCGAGAAGGCAGUAAGCGUGCGGCACCCGCCUUUAGCAUCACUGGGAGGGGGAAACCUUCAGAGCUGAAGGCGUCUAUGCCUGGCCCUGGAACCUACACUACGGAUAAAGCAUCUACUGUGAUAACGAAGAGGCCACCAGCAUAUACCAUGGCUCCAAGACGGGAACUGAAACACCCGUCUGCGUCCGUGCCUGGACCCGGAGUGUACUGUCCAGAAAAGGGUGAACAUCAAAGAGUUACAACCACAACCACGAAGCACACGUUUUCAAGCAGAAUGAAAACUGAACGAACAGAAAAUGUUCCUGCACCUAAUGCUUACAAUCCAGAGAAAGCGGAUAGGUUUUUAAGAGAAAAGUCACCCGCUUUUUCAUUUAGAACGAAAACUGAGAUGUACAAAACACGCGAUGCCCCCGCACCCAAUAUUUAUUCACCUGAAAAGUCGCUUAAUUCGCUAAAAAAUGGACCGAAAUAUACUUUAGCAGGAAAAGGAUCUGCUGAAAAACAUGAUGUAACUCCUGCGCCUAAUUCAUAUGAACCGCAGAAGGCUGAUAAAAUGUUACAUGAAAAAUCUCCUGCUUAUACCAUGAGAUCCAAAGAAGUUGUUGAAAAAAUAGAGCAAACCCCUGCUCCUAACGUUUAUUCACCAGAAAAAUCUGUUCAUGCUUUACACAGUGCGCCGAAAUUUACCAUGUUGGGCAAAGUACAUUCAACUAAAAUAGAACAAACGCCAGCUCCUAACAGCUAUAACCCUGAAAAAGCAGACAAAGUAUUACAUGAGAGCACACCAGCUUAUUCGUUUAGAAUUAAGGAGCAGCACAUAAUAAGGAGCGAAUCACCUGCACCCAAUGUAUAUUCUCCAGAGAAGUCUAUGCAUGUUUUGGAUAGUGCACCUAAGUUCACUAUGAGUGGUAAAGGUCCAACUGAUAAAAUUCCUGAUACUCCAGGUCCAAAUGUUUAUUGUCUAGAUAAAGCUGAUAAAUUAUUGCAUGAAUCAUCACCUGCAUAUACGUUUCGGACUAAGGAUGAGAUCAUAAACAAAAAUAAUAACCCGGCACCAAAUGUGUAUGCACCUGAAAAUUCAAUGCAUAUGUUGGAUAGUUCACCGAGAUUUACAAUCGCUGGAAAAGGACAUUCUCCCAAAAUUGAAAAUGUACCUGCUCCAAACGCUUAUAGCCCCGAUAAAGCGGAUAAACUUCUUCAUGAAAGUACUCCUGCAUAUACUUUUCGACCAAAACAUGCCACUGACAAGCCGAGUGACACGCCAGCGCCUAAUAUGUACGACCCUCACUUUAUAGACGGAACGCCAAAAUUUAGUUUAUACGGGCGAGGUCUUGAUCCGAAGCCUUCUGAUACACCAGCUCCAAAUGUAUAUGAUCCUCGUGUGUCGGAUUCAGCUCCAAAAUUCACGAUUUCUGGAAAAGGAAUUACUAGUAAAACUUCAGACGUUCCAGCACCGAAUGCAUAUAAUCCCCAUCUUCCAGAAAAUUCACCAAAAUAUUCCUUGGCAGGUAAAGGUCGAGAUGGAAAGCCUUUGGAAACACCGGGACCUAACUAUUACGACCCGCAGAUUCCUAGUAGCACUCCUAAAUAUACUAUUGCUGGAAAAGGCCCCGAUGGAAAGUUCCCUGAUGUUCCAGGACCUAACGUUUAUAAUCCCCAUUUACUUGACGGUGCACCUCAUUACAGUUUAUAUGGAAAAGGUUACACACCAAAGCCAUUUGAAACACCUGGGCCGGCCGCAUAUGACCCGAACUUACCACAUAACUCUCCUAGAUAUACUAUUUGUGGUAAAGGACCUGAUUCAAAGGUGUCAGAUGUACCAGGUCCAAACGUUUAUGAUCCACACGUUCUCGACAAUACCCCGAAGUAUACUAUCGCUGGCAAAGGUAAACCAGAGAAAAUUUCAGACACACCAGCUCCUAAUUCUUAUGAUCCAGACAAACAUAGAUUAGAUGGAACACCAAAAUAUACUUUUGGAACAAAAAGACCAUUAGAAAAACUUCCAAACAAUCCUUCUCCUAAUGCGUACAACCCAGAAAAAGCUGAUAAUAUUCUUCACGAACAUUCACCAGCAUAUACCUUCCGGCCAAAAAUUGAAAACGAAAAACCUAUGAAUACCCCCGCUCCUAACGCAUAUAAUCCAGAAAAGGCCAAUAGCGUUAUUUUAGAGAAAACUCCAGCUUAUUCCUUGGCCCCUAAGGGAAAGGAUGCUAAAUUAAGUGACGUUCCUGCACCUAAUGCAUAUAAUCCCGAUAAGGCUGAUAAGAUUUUAUUAGAUAAUGCACCUCGAUACUCAUUUAGGAUAAAAACGAAGCCACCAAAGCAAGAUGAUGUUCCUGCUCCAAAUAAUUACAACCCUGACAAAGCUGACAAAGUGUUGCUACCAAAUGCUCCACAAUAUACGUUCAGGAUCAAGUCCAAUACCUUGAAAGCUUUGGAUACACCAGCUCCCAACUCAUACACUUUACCAAUGCCCGUGAAAACUCCGCUAUACACGAUAUCGGGUCGCCACAAGGAGCCAAUCGAUGAACGGAUAAAAGUUCCCGCUCCAGGCAGCUAUAACCCAGAAAAGGGAUACAAAUUCGUUUUAACUUACUCGCCACAAUAUACCUUUGGCGUUAAGAUUCAAACGGAAAAGUUUGCGGAAUCACCAGCACCGAACGCAUAUCGCAUCCCGUCGGUGCUGGACUCGCCGGUGUACACGAUGUCGGGCCGCCACAAGGAGCCGCUCGACGAUCGGGCCAAAGUGCCCGCGCCUGGCACUUACUCGCCGGAAAAGGUGCAGCUGGAUAAAAAACCGAACAUAACAUUCGGAAUCAAACAUUCGCCUUUACUUGGACAGUUGAAACCUAUAGAACCCCGUCGUGUCGUCAACGAGUUCAUUGAAAACGAAAUUAAAACGAGCAACGUUAACGAUGUAAAACGAACAAACGUUAAUGUGCGUCAAGAGACUAAUACUAAUAAUUAUAACCAUUCUACUAACACGGAGAAAUAUGUAACACAGAAUGGAGAUGAUGUUAUAGACUCAUCAGAUCUACAAAAUGGCUUACGCACUCACGUAACACAAGUGAGAACUAAGGAAUUAAGGAGUACAACAGCUACACCAGAACCAGUGCAAGAAACUCUAACACAAGAAAUUGUUUGGAUCCCAGAACAAACGCAACGACGUGGCUCCUACACGAUCGAAAAAUCUGAUGGCAACGGUUUUGUUGAACGUUACAACAAUAGCGAAGUGAUUCCCGUGGAAAAUGGAGUUAUGAGAGUAUCUGGUAGUGGAGAAAGGAGCGCGUCUAAUACUCAAGAACAUAGCAAUGAAGUUAUCCAAGGAAAUGGUUUCGUCCAAAAUGUUGAUAAAGCAGUUCAAAGAGCUAGUGCGAAUGAGAAAUCUCAACGAGCGACGGAACAAGUUCUUGUGGAUUCUGAUGUGAAACAUCUUCCUAAUGGGGGCAUCGCUAAAACAACAACCACUACUACUAUUAAGAAAGUAGGAACUGCUGCCAAAACAGCAAACGCUUCUACUACAGUAACUCGUACUAAGACAGCCGUUACAUCAAGAGAUGUUGGUACUAAAUAAAUUCUUACAAUACUAUGCUUCAGUCAUUGCAAAUAAAGCUUUAUAUUAAUUUAUUAAAAUGAACAAUUCGCUCUAUUAACAAAGCGCCGCGCAGCUUGCUAGGAAACUUUCGAAUUUGUUACCUAUUUAAUUUAUAAUAAUAUUAUGAAAAUCUAAAUAUUUUAUAUGACAUCAAAUGUAACUAUGAAACCUUGUUAAAGUAAUAUAAUAAAAAUUGUUUUAUAAUUGUU